AUCAUUGUAUUGCAGCCCCUCGGCAUGGUACUGGAGAUGUCUGAGGAAGACCAGAUGAUGAGAGCUAUAGCUAUGUCGCUGGGAGACAAUGUCCUCAUGUCUACUGAUGAGGGUGGACCAACUUGUUCAUCACCCAAACAAGAUCCUCCGAGGCCAGAGGAGCCAGAAGUUGAUGAAAAGCAGGAGAAAGAGGAACCACUUGAUCGAACUACGAUUGACCAGUUCACGGACACGGUCAUGCCAGGUUGUUUGACCCUGCUGGACACUCUCCCGGAAACAGUGUAUCGUGUUUGUGACCUGUUGAUAGUCGUCACUCAAAGAAACGGACUGGAAUGGCAGAAACGAGUUCUGUCCUCACUUGUACAGGAGGUUCAGUCUCUAGGCCAGAAGUUAUUGUCAGUGGGCCAUGUCGCUUCAUCUGAGGAGUCCGGUCCUAACAACAAGAAGGCGUUCCAUCCUGACUCUUGCAAAUUUGCCACACGACUUCAUCUGUUCAGUCUGCUGUUUGAGGAGGCGAGGAUGCCUUGUGCUGAGGCCGUGGAGAAAGCCUACCUUACAGACCUCCUGGUACAAGUGCUCAGUAGUGGACAGGAGUUCCUCACUGCCAAUCGGGAUUAUGUUUCCCCAAAAUGGUUAGCUCCUCUACUGCUAUUGUUGGACCUGUAUGAAAAAGUAUCUGUGAUAUCGAGACGCAAGGUGGAUGCCGAGAAAUUACUGGCGGCCAGUCACACAUGGAAGUGGUUUGAUGAUAGCACAGGGCGCUGGUGUAAAUACAGCCUGGGUAACAAUAAGACAAUUGACGAUGCUUACCAGGCCGGAGAGUCCAGCAUCAGGUUUCAAGCUGGCAGGAGGAGGUACACAGUUCAUUUUAACACAAUGAUGCAGGUUAAUGAAGAGACCGGUAACAGGCGCCCCAUUAUGCUGACGCUGCCUACAGUGGAGGAGAAACAACAGGCAGAACAGGGGGACAAAAAGGUUUCCAACAAGGAAGGAGAGGUGUCUCAGCCCAGCCCUGUGUCUGAGAGUAAGAUGGAAACAGAACCUGUGGAGAGAAAGAUAACAAGGGAGACAAAGAUUGUAAAUGGCUUAAAUUCUGAUCAAGUGACCAGCGUUAUCAGGUCUGUGGUAGCCCUUCUAAACAUUCCGGUGGAAGCCGAGAGUCUUCACGCAGCCCUGCGCCUCAUCUUACGACUAACACGAGAGCAUAAAUACGCUGUUUUGUUUGCGGAACUUGGAGGGCCGAAAGUGUUACUGAAUCUCACGCAAGCAUCAGCUUUCCAGGGCUUUGUGUCACUAGCCACACUCAUCUUUAGACAUAUCCUAGAGGAACCUGCCUCUCUAAAGUACUGUAUGGAAAAGGCAAUCAAGAAGGCUACAUCAGGGUCUGGCUCAAGUCUGAGUGGCGUACAACAGGGCAGUAUGGGCUCUAAAGAACUACACUAUGUAUUACGUGUUCUGGGGCCAGCUGCCUGUCGUAACCCCGGCAUGUUUACUGAAGUGGCUCGUAACACACUCAGGAUAGCACUCCCACGGCCUUCCAAACGGGAUGAAGAUGAGAGUCGAUUUUAUGGUCCAAAUGCACCGCAAAUCCUGAAGAGUAUAUCAACGAAGCAAGUGAUCGCCCAUACUGUGGAAUCUCCUAUAAAGGAGGUGCUUUACGACCUUCUCAACUGCCUUAUUGUCAAAUGUAACUACAAGGAACCAGCACCUACAGCCACCAGUGUAGGCAUGGAAGUGAAGGCCGCUCAGCCACUCUCCGAGGCCAUCGCAGAAAUGUCCCGAGAGCUCCAGGAGAGACAAGCCAACAUGGUCCGCCAAAACAGCUCAGCUGAACUUCAGCCAGAAGAGGAAUCCACUAGUCAGACAGAUUUAACCGCAGAUCAGGGAGGAAAUAGAGACCAGACCAAAGAAAAGGACGCUAAGUCAGCGGAGGAUAGUCGCAAACAGAGUCUUCUGAUGCCAAAAUCACUUAUCCUCCGGUUACUGUCAGAAAUGGUCAAGUCCUACGGCAGUUGUACACAGCUUAUUACACAACACGUGUAUGCUGGUGGUCAGUCAGAACUUGUGCCUGAGGAGUGCAGUGUGCUGGCCUUUGUAUUAGACCACCUGUUGCCUCAGUGUCAGGUAUAUGGAGACCGAGACUGCCCAGCACUGUCGCGAGUGUUUGUGGCGAGUAUCGCAUCCUGUAAUAACCGGCCAGAUGCACAGAUGGCACUUGUAACAGAGAUAAAAAAUGCCCUGCAACGAUCCCUAUGUCAUCCAGAGAGCUCGGAGAAACAUGUGCGCAUACAAUCCUUGACAAACCUCAUCAGCAUCAUCAUCGAGUCAUGUCCAAGUCCUGGUCAAGUGCCCAACGAGGUGUUCAAGGGCCAGCAAACUUUGAUGAAUAACAUUGUGAAGAGCCUGCUGAAGAAGGGCGUGGUGACUGAUCUGGCAAGGAUACCACAUAGUCUCGACCUAUCCAGCCCUUACAUGGCUAACACUAUUAACUCGGCCCUCAAGCCCCUUGAAACUCUCUCCCGCAGUGUCAACCAGCCCAUACAAGGUGUUGCAGCUAAGACGAAGGGUAAGCUGGACCUGGGUGAACAUACUACUGGACAGGAAUCGGCCACUGAGAACACUACCACAGCCGCAGAGGGCGGUACAGGGAGUCUGAGCCAGGCUAGAGAUGUGACAAUUGAGGAUAUCACAGACCAGGCAGAGCAGCAUGGCGACCUGGAGGAAGCUGAACCUCUAGAAGCUGAGGAACCGGAACAUGAUCUGGAUAAUCCUGAUCCUGGCUCCCAGCUACAAGAUGUUAUAGAUGAACUACUAAACAGAGACGCAAACCUGGACAAUGAGAGAGAAGUUCUGGCUGAUAUUGUGAUGGAAACAGAGGACAUUAGCCAAGCGUCAGAACAGGAUGAACAUGGAGAUGAUGGGGACGAUGAGCUGAUAGAUGUAGAGGAGAUGGAUCAUCACGACUCUCACAUUGUCAGCCAGGAAAUCUCCAUAGAGGAUGAGGAAGGCGACGACAAUACUCAUGUUGAUGUACACGAUGACGACUCUGCUGAGAGUGGAUCGGAUGCAGACGAAGAUGACAAUGACGAUGGAGAUAAUGAUGAUGACCAGGACGAUGAUGAUGACGAUGAUGAAGAAGAUGAAGAGGGGUCCGAUAUGGAAGCAGAAGAUGAGGAUGAUUAUAACGAUCUAGAGAUUGACACCCCCUCAGGCCACCAGUUCCACGACGAAAACAACGUCUUUAAUAUGGAAGAUAUGAUGUUUCCCCUAGGAAACCAGCAUGUGAUUUUCAAUCCCUUGGACAACAGCCAUCAGCUGCACGGCUAUAACGGCUUACAAUGCCCCAUCUCCAUACACGACAAUGAUAAUGGGAAUGAGCUGGCAGUGCCAACAGUCGUGCCUCCGGCGCCCAGUAAUGUGAUGGCCACCCAUCCUCUGUUGACCCGACAGCCCGAUAAUCACGGAGUGGUCGCCCGUAUUCACCGAGGAGGGCGACAGAGGGGUACCUGUCGCUACAACCCUUCUACUCAGACGCUCCAUGUUAACUUUCCACGUCCCCCUAAUCCACCUGUUAUCCUUCAGAGACUGCUGGGCCCGACCACGGCGGCCGAUGUACUCCAGCUUACUAGUACUCUGACAUCAGUGGCUGGCCCAACCCCCACACGUGUUGUCCUCUCUAAUGAUGAUCUGCGUAUCAUGUCUCGACCUGACGAAGAUCUAUUUGAAGAGCUCUUCCAAGAGCCCUACCCUGACAGCAAUGCGGCUGGUUCAGGUGUCCUCACCUACAUUCCUUCCACACUGACGAGAUGGACAGAGGAGGCCAAAGUGUUGGAUGGUGACAGUAUCAAUGACUGUAUGACAGUGUUAAAGCCCGAGAUCAUGGAAGUUCUAGAACAACAUCGGGACGAGGAGUUGUCAGAGCGACGGGAAAAACGGAAAAAAGCUGCAGAGGAAGAGGCAGCCGCCAAAAAAGAAAAGGAGCAAAACAGUAAAGGGUCUUCUGUGGACUGGAUAUCUCCACAACAGAUGGAGGUGUCCCUAGAUGGUAUGACGCCUUCCAGUUCGUCUGGUGGUGUGAGCAGCACGACAACAGCGGCGCCUCAGACCAGCAUGGGACUAUUAAGCACGGCCCUUUCCGACUCCAGCCAGGAUGCAAACGGGCGACAAAUCAGUUCCACAGGUGCAUCAGAGGCUGCUGCGGCAGCGGAGCUGAUUGCUACAGAGAUGGUGGAAGGUAUUCUAUCAACAGCCACACCGUCAGAAUCUGGAUCUCGGCCAACCGACGGCUUGCUGUCCACAGCUACGCCUUCUGUGAUGUCAACUUUCCUUACCCCAGCUAACCCGAUCCCUCUCACCACCCCAGGGGCUCCGUUGGCAGAUCGACCCAGGCAAAGACCUGCCAAUGAUGGCAGGCUAAAUCUGGCCUCCCUGCUCCUCAGCGAUCAGGAUCUUGCACCCGUUUCCCAGCGGAGUGGCGUAUCAACAUUUGGUGGAUUAGGGGAGAUACCCGCACCACUUGUUGGCAGCCAGCCGGUGUCUGUUGUACCUGCUGCACCAACAGAGGGCAGCAUUACUCCUGAGGAGGUGUCGGGGAUUAGCAGCUCCGGAGCUGUCACUGUCCAGUCGUCGGCGAGUUCAGAAGAAUUGGCAGGAUCAGGCCCAGAGAUAUUACCAACCACCUCGUCUCCUGUCAUCAGUCAUGAGACUGCCCAGUCCAUCGACUCCGGUCUCCGCAGUUUCCUCAUGGGCGGCGCUUCAAUGUCGUCUGUGCUGGAGGGAGCCACUGGCAUAGCAAAUGUUUCCACUUCCACCUCCGGACAACUUGAUCCUAACGCACCACUCCUGUCAAGCAGUAUCCUCCGCUCCCUAGACCCAGGUUCUAUCCCCCUCCCUCCUCUAGCCACAGAGGGUGGUAUGACCGCUACAGACAUAAUGAGAGGCACACUACCUUCUACAUGGACUAUUCCCACAACUACCACCAACACCAUACCCACUUUAGGCUCGGCAGGGUCUGUGGAAGGACCGUCCUCAUCGCGCAGUGCCUCAGAUCCCUCUGUUCCUGAUGGGGUUGAUCCAUCGUUUUUGGCCGCCCUUCCUGACAACAUUCGCCAGGAAGUGAUCGCAGAACAGCUUCGUCUCCAGCGGAUCCAGCAGAGUGCCCGAGAGCAGGCCCAGAGUGCUCACAGCUCUGGGACCAUGGAGGUCAACCCCGAGUUUCUGGCUGCACUGCCUCCAAACAUACAGGAAGAGGUGCUGGCCCAACAGAGAACAGAACAAGCCCGUCUUCAGGCCCAGAAUGCUCCUGCCCAGCCUGGAACAGAUACUCCCGUAGACCCGGCUAGUUUCCUAGCAACACUUCCCUCCUCUCUACGCCAACAAGUCCUUGCUGAUAUGGACGACACCAUGGUGGCUGUCCUGCCACCCGACCUGGCUGCUGAGGCCCAGUCACUUAGGCGGGAACUAGAGGAUCGACAUCGGCGACUCAUGCAAGACCGACUGUUUGCCCAGGCAGGGGCUGGCUCUCUCUCCGCCAUCCUUAGACACACUGGGUUUGCUGGUAGGUUGGGUGCAGGGAGAUACUCUCUGCGUGCUGUGCCCCGUGGAAGCAACCAGUGGGCCUGGGGUUCAAAUCGUAUGGACAACCAUUCAUCCAAUAGUGGAGCAAAUGCAAUCAAAUUCCGGGGACGACACCUCCUGGAUCACGAGGGGCUCACUUGUCUGGUGGUUCUAUUGUUCGUGGAUGAACCAAAGAUAAACACUAGCAGGCUACACCGUGUCCUGCGUAACCUGUGUUACCAUAGUCCCACUAGGAUAUGGGUGAUUCGUGCCCUCCUCUCCAUUCUCCAGAAGACAGGUGAUUGUGUGUUGGAGGAAGGCAAAAGUACUGCUGGAGACAAGGGGAAAAAGAAAGCUGCAAGCUCCUCUUCCCCCGAUGUCUCUUGGAAAUGUGACACAAAAAGUCAGGGGUCCUGGUUGUCCAUCAGUCUAGAGGCUGCCCUUGGGUGUCGUGCAAACGUCUUCCAGAUUCAGAAGGUGGGCAAAAAACAUGUGCCUGGUGGUUCAUGUACUGGAACUGUGACGGUGCAUCCCCAGGCUGCCCCCGUUGUGUGUAGACAUGUACUUGAUACGUUAAUCGCUCUAGCCAAAGUGUUCCCUAGUCAGUUCCUACCCACUUCCAAAGCCAAGGAGGUGGGCAAGUGUGAGGAGACAGAGACUGAGGAACGGCAAGAAAGUGGCGCGGAUACAGCCCAAGGCAGUCCCAAACAAUCAACGUCAGGUGCCGAAUCUCCAAAGUCAGAAACAGACUUUUGGGACCAUCUCAUUAAAUUAGACAAUGUGAAUAUGAAUCGUAAAGGUAAAGGUGUUCAACGGACUCACAAUACUAGCAAUACUGAAGGUGAGGCAAAUUUUUACAGCUUUGAAUCCUCGCCGCUGGGCCAGCUGAUGCUAAUGUUAUCUCAUCCAGUGGUGAAACGUAGCCAGCUUCUCACCGACCGGUUACUAAGACUACUGGGCCUUGUGUCCAUGAGUCUGCCUGACAUGACACGGGGUAACCGUGCCACCUCACAGGCACCAACCAGCACCCUUCCUAGUCUGUUAUCCAGCAUGGUCACGCCUUCCGUCAUCACACCAACAACUGCCACAUCAACGGCUAUGUCGACGGCCACGUCGUCUGUGUCAACACCAGUUGUCACUGAGGUGGUCGCACCCAGCGCUGUACCCAGUACAACACCCCUGGAGGUCAAAGUAUCUGCAAAGUCUGAAGAUUCGAAAAAAGUGGAGGAAGAGGAGAAGGAAGAAGCAACCGUAAUAUUGGAAGAUCAGCUAAAGCUUGCUGUUAGGGUGCUGACAUCAAAGUCCUGUUCUGAGGAAGGACUGGAGGACGCGACCAAUUUACUAUUGCGAAUGUCCUGGGCCAACAAUGCCACACGAAAUGCUGUCCUACGAUUACUUUUGGAGGGUGCGCAGGAACUUGGUCUCACUGUCUGCAAUCAUAUCAGGAGUUUGCUACAAGAACUCAAGAAACACAGCGGGAAGCCAAAGGACGAGGAUGAGGAAAUGAAGGAGGCUGAUGGUGCCUCGGUCCCCACGGGGAAGGGCAUUCUACAGGACAGGUUUUCACAGGGUACCUCUAUAGUAGUUGCGGCCCCUAAGAAGGUAAAAGGAGGCCGCGAGUUACAGCUGCCAUCCAUGAGCCUACUGACCAACAAAACAUCCAGUCAGCAGUUCCUACUCCGAAUUCUAAAGGUCAUCAUUCAGCUCCGAGAUGCUGCCAGGACAAUGGUCAAACGUGGACGCAGGCAAACCACUUCACGAGAUUUGGGUAACAUAGCAGAGGCAAUGGCAGUUUUAGAAGCUGAGGCAGAGGCUAUUAUAGAGAUGGUGGGAAGACGUGCUCAGCAGAAUCACCAGAUCCGCGAGUUACAACAGCGUUCCACAUCUGCGGCACAGGCUGACCCAUCAGAAGCCACUCCAACUUCUACAGCUACUGGGGAGCAAGCUGGAGCUAAUGGGGCCGAGGGAGCAGCUCCAGGUGGCAGUGAUCAACCCACACCUACAGAAUCUGCACGGGAAGCGGGCGCAGAAACACCCAUGGACGUUGAUCAGCCAGGUACCUCAGGAGAGAAGAAAGAAAAGGACGAGGUCACUGCUCUGCCACGCCUUAGCGAACAGGUCCUACUAGAUGAUCUAUGGAUGGUCCUGGGAGACUGUCUCUCCGAGCUUGCCAAGACACCCGACCAUCACGCCGUCCUCAUACUACAACCCGCCGUCGAGGCCUUCUUCAUUGUACACGCAGGUGAGAAGGAUGGCAAGUCGACAGACCAGCCAUCACAAAAGCGCGAGGAUCAGCUGGCCCACCUGAAUCUUGAUGUGGCUCCAGCCUCCCCGGCCUCCCAGUCUGAUACUCCACAUCUCAACAGGGAGAACUCUGUUGCCUCCAUGUCCUCGAUUUGCAAUCUGCCACCAGACACUCAGAAGUUUCUCAAGUUUGCAGAGACCCAUAGGACAGUACUCAAUCAGAUUCUACGCCAGUCAACCACGCCUCUGGUGGACGGCCCAUUCUCCGUCCUUGUCGACCAUACACGCAUCCUUGACUUCGAUGUUAAACGUCGCUACUUCCGUCAAGAACUGGAGCGUUUGGAUGAGGGUCUGCGUCGUGAAGAUCUGGCUGUUCACGUCCGACGAGAACAUGUGUUUGAAGACUCGUUCAGGGAGCUGUUCAGACGUACUGUGGAUGAAUGGAAACACAGAUUCUACAUUGUGUUUGAAGGCGAAGAAGGACAAGAUGCUGGAGGACUAUUACGGGAGUGGUACAUCAUUAUUGCCCGAGAGAUCUUCAACCCGAUGUACGCUCUGUUCAGCACCUCACCUGGAGACCGUGUCACGUACACAAUAAACCCCUCGUCCCAUUGUAACAGUAACCAUCUGAGCUACUACAAGUUUGUGGGACGAAUUAUCGCUAAGGCCAUCUACGACAACAAAUUACUGGAGUGCUACUUCACACGCUCCUUCUACAAGCACAUCAUAGGACAAGCUGUCAAGUAUACUGAUAUGGAAAGUGAAGACUAUGCAUUCUACCAGGGACUAGUGUUUUUAUUGGAAAACGAUGUCAAAGAUUUAGGCUACGAUCUGGCCUUCUCAACAGAGAUCCAGGAGUUUGGUGUCACAGAGUCACGUGACCUGAAGACGGACGGCAACAAACUGAUGGUAACCGAAGGCAACAAGAAGGAAUAUGUAAAACUAGUGUGUCAAAUGAAAAUGACGGGUGCCAUACGGAAACAGCUCAACGCUUUCAUGGAAGGUUUUUACGACAUCAUACCGAAGCGGCUUAUCUCAAUAUUCAACGAACAGGAACUGGAACUGCUAAUCUCUGGUCUGCCAAACAUCGACAUUGAUGACCUCAAAUCCAACACGGAAUAUCACAAGUAUCAGAGUACGUCACUACAGGUGCAGUGGUUCUGGCGAGCGUUAAGAUCAUUUGAGCAGUCAGACAGGGCACAGUUCCUACAGUUUGUUACUGGGACAUCAAAGGUACCUCUUCAAGGAUUCGCCUUCCUCGAAGGCAUGAAUGGAUACCAAAAAUUCCAGAUUCAUCGGGACGACAGGUCUACAGAACGUCUGCCUGUUGCUCAUACUUGUUUCAAUCAACUUGAUCUCCCAGCGUAUGAAACCUACGACAAACUUCGGCGCAUGUUGUUGUUGGCAAUAAACGAGUGUUCCGAGGGCUUUGGUUUGGCCUGAGAUAGCGGACUGUUUAACAUGGAAAGGCAUAGGGCUGUGUUAGUGUGUUCUAUUAGCAUGCAGUGUCCAAGGUGUUAGACUGGUUCUCUUUCAAAGACAAUGAUUGAUGGUUGAUUAUUUGUAAACUUGUUUCAGUUAAAUUAUGUUGAAUUUGGUGAUAAGAAAUUGGAAUCAUUUCCACCAAUGUUUGAUGGUAACUGCAUGAGACGGUGUGGUUGUGUGCGUGGGCGAGAGUGUGUAGACAGAUAUUGAAACGCCGAUGUGAUAGAAAAGUCAAGUUUUCUUCUCAUUUAUAUAUUUACCCGUUGUAUAAAUUGUUGCCGUUAGUAUUUCAUCGUGCCGAGUGUAGAUUUCAUAAGACCCCAUUUAGUGCUAGCAGUUGUGUCUCUCACCUAUUUAUUUUGUUCUUUUUUGUAAUUAACGGGGCACAAAUAUUACACUGAUCUGCGUGUGACCCAAUUUAUAGUUAUUCUUUGAUGACAAUACAUUAGAUAUACAGGAUUCUACAAAUCUUACCAUGGACACAUCGGCCCUCAUCGUUGGUGUACAGAAUAUUAGUUUUGAUGUUGAAAGUGUGCUAAAGACACCCUUUGUAACGUUCAUAUAGUUAUAACAGUUCUUAGAUUUAUACAUGGUGCCAUUUUUGCUGCUUUCGUAUUUUUUUUUCGAGAUUCGAGUCAUUCUCCACAUGAACUGGGUCUGGCUGAAAGCAUUUCACAAAACCGUUAGCUCUCCUGAGCUCGGUGAUGGUUUAAAUAAGACUUCUUGUGCAAUAUGUGUGAUUUGUGAAGACUGGCCUUUGGAGAUGAGAAGUGCUUUAUAAAUCAGUUAAUUUUGGUUCACCAACCGCUGCAGAUAAAUCUUGGCAAGUUUUCUCUGUUCCUCAAACGAUUCCAGUCAUGGUUAGUAUUCUCCAAGGUGGUUAGUUAUAUAUCCGUUACCCCACCCUGCAUUCAGGGAUAUUAAUAUGGUGUGUUGAAAUCAGUUUCUCCUGGCAUAGUCAUUUUUUUAAGCAGCUUUACUGCUACAUUGACUUCAAGACAGUAAUAUUCUCAAUUUCUUGUUUGUAAUGCUCCUAAAAUCGUAUCUUAUUUAAAAUCGAGUUUUUCAACAGAUCAUCAGUGCUAGUUUGAAGUUCUUUUGGUUAAUGAUGGUGUUUGUUCUUUAGUGUCAUUACGUAAAUUUCUGUGCGACACAGAUAUGGCCAUAUUAAAUGUUUCUUGAGCGCCGGAGUGUGUUAACAGAAUUAGAUCCAAAACAAAACAGGUAUAAAGAUCGGAGAGAAUGGAGAGGCCCAAUAAUAGCUUCAUUGUCUGGUGGAAUUGGAAUGUUCUCAAAAUGAAUUUUUACUUUUCAUCUGUAACUUAUCGGUCAGUAAAAAAUGUGUGCAACUUAUUUAAGUGCUAAUGUAAAAAGUCCUUUACAUUUAGAAGUGCUAUUCAAUUCUGUGUGUUGAUUUGUUGGUAAUCUAUGGCCUCCAGUAUGAAAACAGUGUGGAAAUGUUGCUGCAGUCAGAAACUAUGAAAUAUAUGAAAGUGCUUGUCCGUAGGUCUACGAAAAAUAUCCCUGAAGUACCCCCCCAGACUGUGUUAAUACUUGUAGAAAAAAUAAUGCUGUAUACAGAAUUGGAAUUGUUGUACAGAGAGCAAAACACCUGCACUGAAGGCAAGUGAUAUGAAUAUUAGAAUUUUGACCAGACUCGUCUGUUAUUAUUUUGAAUGGUUAGUCUGUACUGUAUUUCCAUGACCCCUGGAUGUUGUGUUUCUGGCGACACUUAAAAGGUGUCCUUCAUUUCAAUGUAUUUAUUUAUCCCUGUCCAAACAAGUCGGCCAACUUUUGUCAAGUCUGGGGGAGUUCUGGUGCCUCCAGACACCAAAUAUAAGUCUGUCCAUGUAUAACAGGUGUGUCGUUAGGCUUAUUAUUAUAUGUAUAGCAUUGAACAAAUUGAUAUAUUGGUACCUUGUAUGUCUAUAGGAGUUAUAGUGUCGCAAGAGCUGAUUCUACUUUGUCCAUGGUUUGUACACAUUGAUGAAUAAAUGAUAUGUAAUAUGAUAUCACAGCUGUUUGCUUGCUCCUUGAUAUUCUUUUCAUCAGAAUCAUUAUUAUCAUCCUCAUCAUCAUUAUCCAUUAUGAGUUGAAAAUUAAUGAAAUCAUUUUCAAAAUAUUGUCAAAUAUUCUAUCGAGGAAUAAAAUGCAUAAAGUUU